AUGGGCAGUGUUCCAUCAAGUUCCCAGGCUGAGAACCAGAGCCCCCAGCCUGGCCCCUCCGGGUACCCCCUGGAGGUAAUGUUGGAUGAAGAAAGACCAGGACCAUCAGCAGCCCAGGCGGGCAGCAGCCCUCUGCCGGAGGGCUCCAGCCGGCGCAGGAAGCAGGAGAGGUCGGCCGCUUUCCAGGAGUCGGAGGCGUGGCAGGGGUCAGAGGAGGCAGCCCAGGGGAAUACGGACACUAGGGUCGUGGACAUGCACUGCGGCCUCAAGAUGAGGCUGAAGCGACGUAGGGUGUCCACGGUGCUGCCGGAGCACCACGAGGCAUUCAAAAGGCUGCUCGAGGAUCCUGUUGUUAAAAGAUUCCUGGCCUGGGACAAAAAUCUGCGGGUAUCUGACAAGUAUCUCCUGGCCAUGGUGGUAUCUUAUUUCAGCCGAGCUGGCCUCUUCUCCUGGCAGUACCAGCAAAUUCACUUCUUCAUAGCUCUCUACCUGGCCAGUGAUAUGGAAGAGGAUAACCAGGGCCCUAAACAGGCCAUCUUUUCAUUCCUCUAUGGAAAGAACCGUUUCAAGCGUCCCUUGUUCCACAAACUGCGACUCCAAUUUGUCAAAUCCAUGGGCUGGAAGACCUGGGUCUCCCGGGAAGAGUGUGAGGAGAUCCAAGCUUUUGACCCAGAGCUCCCCGUGUGGGAGCGAGACCGCAGCCUGCUGUCCUAG